AUGUCGAAUCCUAACUCUGCCAAAGACACAAAACGUAAAAGGUCUUCGGAGUUAAGUUUUACGGAGCACUCAUCAUCUCGAAGACGUAUUACGUCUUCCUCAUCCUUGCCAGAUAUUUCCAAUCUGUCAGCUGAGAUGGCCACUAAUUCUGAUCUCAGCCAACCACAAAACCCAUCAUCCUCACCUUUGACCCCAUCAUCUAAAGUCUUAAGUUCAGCUUCUCCUGACCCAGAAAAUUCUGGUUCUUCUGUAUCUAUAGUUGAUUCCAAUGGAGAGAUACAAACAUCUACCAUAAAUGAACUUAUUGUCAAGGCUAUUAAUAGCCAGGCAUUCAUUGGGGCAUUUGCUCCUCUGAUUGCAUCUGCUAUCACUCCUCACAUUCAACUAAUAGUCCAAAGUUGUCUUCAACCUAUACUAAGUUCUAUAAAAGAACAACAAAAGGACAUUGAGGACCAAAAUGAAGAAAUUAAAUUCCUAAAACAGAGCAACACUGAUUUAAAACAAAGGAUAGAGGACUUAGAAUAUGGGUUAGACAACCUGGAACAGUAUGGUCGCAGACCAUCACUGCGCUUCCAUAAUGUACCUCUUCCAGACCCAGAUGAGGAUGUGGCAACAGAUACAGACUCCACUGUUAUCAAAAUCUGCGAAGGUAUGGGUGUUACCAUCACUCCUGAUGACAUAGACAGAUCUCACCCCAUUGGUCGUCCAAAACAAAAUAAAAUUCAGAUCAUUUGUAGAUUUAAAAAUUGGAAGGUCAAAAACAAAGUUUACAGCGCUAAAAAACAAUUGAAAAACAAUGCCAAUAAAAUUUUUGUGACAGAAGAUUUGACCAAGUAUAGACAAUCCAUUGUAUCUAAAAUUAUACAAGCAAAAAACGCAAAAAUCAUCCACAGUUUCUGGACUUAUGAUGGGAGAAUCUUCCUUAAGUUUGAACAAUAUGGAGACCGAUUUGAAGUCACCUCACUGGAGGAACUUGGAAAUCUGAUUAACGGGUAA